AUGAGUACCUCGACACCAGACCCGCUCAACGCCCUCCGCGACGCAAUCCGCUCAAAAGCGUCCAUAAUUUACGCCAAUGACGCCGGGCCAGUCUCCUCCCUCUCCGCCGCAACAAAGCUCGUCCUCUCUCCUUCCCUCUCCUUCCCGAAAGACACUCCAACACGACUCCGCAAGCCCGAUGCAACAGCUACGAACCCACAGUCCGACCCGAAUGCGUUUUUCCGCCUCGAUGCGGUGUAUCUGACGUGGCUGCUACGAGAUGCGAGUGUCGCAGAGUACAUGCAGCAGGCGAGGGAGUGUAAGCUCCUUGGUGCGUUUGUUGGUAUUACGGAUCGGAAGGGCGUUGCGGAGUGGUUGGAUGGGAAGACGAGUUCGUAUAAGGGGGUUGUACCGUUAGAAUCGGACUCGCACACCCCGCCCGGUUCGCCUCCGUCACAGAGUAUCACUCUACCGAAGACUGGGCCACCUGGUGCUGCUGCGUCUACGACGACCACUGGCUCACCGGCGAAACGACGCCAUGCAGUCGACGCUGCAGAUGCGGAAGUCGUUAAGAAGAUCAAAGCAAAUGAGAUUGAGCUAUCUGACCGGACGUCGGUAUUGAGGGGCACGAAACCCAAUGACUUUAGCAACGUUCGAUUGAUGUUCGCCGAACGGUUAAAGAAACUAAAGGAAGCCUCGAAGAACGGGGCGAUUCCUCCACCCGCAGUUGCUCCAAAAAUCGAAAACAUGCUUCCAAUUAUUAUGAUCUCCUCGUCCCCAACAUCCCUCAUAACAAUGUACAACGUCCGAAAGUUCCUCCAAGAAGCUUCAUUCGAAAGCCCCUCCGACGCCCGCACCCGCGCCGCCUCCGAAGGAACAACCCGCCCAGAAGACGUCAUCCCCAUCUACCGCACCCACACACACAUCGAUCCCUCCGGCCAAGAACGCCGCACCCAAUCACGGUACUAUGUCGUCGACGGUGUAGACGCCCUUGCGAAAUUCGGGAGUGAUGCGUGGGAUAGGGUUGUUUGUGUGUUGACGACGGGACAGGCGUGGCAGUUCAAGCCGUAUAAGUGGACGGAGCCUAUGACGCUUUUUCAUCAUGUUAAGGGCUUCUACGUAAGUUGGGCAAACGAUCCGCCGAAUGUAAAGAUUAAAGACUGGAACGUUACUGAACUCAAGAUCGAUCAACACAGACGACACGUCGACAAGUCUGUCGUAGCCAAUUUCUGGAAGACGUUAGACGCGUGGACAUUAGCGAAUAAGCCGUGGUUGAUGAAAUCGUAG